AUGUUCUUCCGAAAAUUAAGUAUUAGUGGGUCAGGUGACUCAAAAAGACCUCCAGAGUAUAAUGAGAACGACGAUCUCAACCAUUUACCAACAGUUUUUGAUGAAUGCAUAUCGACGAAAGGUCCUACUUUGAUGCCGAUCAACUCUCUUAUUUCCGACCAAAGCAGCGAGGCCAGAAACGUACCGCCUUCGGUGGUAUCUUUGAAGAGUUUCAAGAAACACAACCCUGACAACGGAUCAUUCUUAUACAACCCGUUUGAUGAGUCGCAAAACCCAGUUAAAACAAUUCAUGAGUCAAAUAAUCUUCGAGUGGAAUUGAUCUUGGAAAAUGACACGGUUUUCCUACCUGGUCUAAAAGAGGACUUGAAGUCGCAUACUUCGUUGAUGGAUCAUUCACGUUCACAAGUCGAUGAGGAAGAAUUGGCAAAUUAUCGGACUUCGUUAUCUGGGAAAUUGGUACUUACUGUGAAAUCAACAUCAGUUGUAAUUAACGAUCUAAAAGUACGUUUAAACGGAUACUCCAAUGAAUACGUGUGUGUCUUGGAAAAAAAAACUGAUGCGGGUUGUUUGGGUGAUAAUGAUGAAGAUGACGAAAUACCUCGUCGUAAGCAAUAUGAGAAGACAGUAAAGGUAUUAACGGAUUCCACGGAUGGUAAAUUCACUUUCUUAAAACCUUUCGUAACUGAUGAAGUCACUGGCUUCAAAAAGACGCCAACUUUACUAAGUAAAGGAACCUACAUUGUGCCAUUCAGUUUUAUCUUGGAUCCCUACAAUUACCACUCUUCCUUCGAAUCUGCUGUAGGUUCCACUUCUUAUAGGGUAGAGGCUUUCAUGAGCACUUUAUCGACAAGUAAUAUCAGUAACACCAGCACCAUUAACCAUAUGACGCUAGAUACUUCCGGAAAGUAUGAAAACGUGUUCCUAACUCACAAAUGCUCCAUAAUCAAAACACUUUCUCCAUCUAGUCUUUUGAAGUAUGAAUCUAUUACCUCGCAAGGAUCAUACAAAGAAGGCUUCUUAGAUUACGAUUUCUUCAUAUCUUCGAAGCUGAUUGAAUUAAAUUGCCCAUUCCACUGCCAAUUUAGCUUUAAAACGAAACCUCAAGCCACAAUUAACAGAGUGACUCUAUCACUCGUCCAAAUGGCACUGAUGCCAUGCAUUAAGGAAGAUGGCGUCACUCCAGUUAAGAAAUCAUAUAUCCAGUCGAAUACCUUUGUUUUAGGUCACUAUUCACCUCCAAGAGACAAGAAAUCAGAUCUAGUUCUGGCAAAAUUUGAAGAUCUACAAAUCCAUUCUCGUCUAAACGAUGAUUCCAGAACAGGUUCAAAGAUAUUGCCCUAUUACUGUGAAGAAUCAAGGCUUUUAUUACCUCGGAAUGAUCGAAUCGAGAAAAGAUUCAAGCUAAAGGUAACUCACUUUUUGAAAAUCAGUUUGAACACUACUCUGAAUUACUAUCCUGGCAGCUUCGUAGACAAUUCAAGACGAAUUAACAUCAAUUUCAAAAUACCUGUCAUGAUAAUCGAUAAGAAUAUGGGGUCAAGUUUGCAUUUACCGCCCUACGAACCACCAAUGGUUUCAAAGUCUAUGUCAACUUCACUUGAUUCUGAAUAUAACUGGUCUCCAAACUCUUCUUUACAGUGCCAGAGUUUGAAUUCCUUUACGGCAUCACCACCAAGCUAUGAUAGUCUAUCGCCUUUGAAAGGAAUGUGA